AAGUCAAUUAUAAAGUCAAAAUUCGACUUUUUGUUGUGACUUUCCCAUUCCUAGAUUGGGUCCCCCAGGAUGAAAAACACCCUGCUAGCUGCUACGCCCCUGAAAGCGGUUCAGGAUCGUGCACAAACAUAUUAACAUCGUCAGCUGACCGGUUGUUAUUGCUCAUAAUAUUGUUUUGACAUUUUUACCAUUUACUUUGCAUAUAAAUAAUUUGUUCAGAAAAUGACAACCAGAGAGAUAUUAACUAUCCAAAUUGGUCAUUAUUCAAAUUUUAUCGGGACGCAUUGGUGGAAUUUACAAGAGACAAAUUUUUCCUAUGAUCCUAAAACUCCUUCAGAAAUUAAUCACGAUGUAUUGUACAGAGAAGGAGAAACAUCACAGAAACAAUCGACUUAUACCCCGAGGCUUUUGCUAGUCGACUUGAAAGGAAGUUUGGGUUACUUAAGCGAAGUAGGUAGUUUGUAUUCAUCGCAAUCAGAGGAAAAACAAUCAAUUCUUUGGUACGAUGAAAACAUCGAGAUAACGAAAGAACCGGAAGUACCAAAAACACCUUUUGUCAAAAGUUUAGAUGAACCUUCAGUCGAAAAACCAAAGAACUUCGAAUUUGAAAACGAUGUAAAUAAAUGGGUCGAUUAUUUAGUGCCGCGUUUCCAUCCAAGAACAGUGAACAUUAUCAAAGAAUAUUCUCAGGGAUCUGAGUCUCAACCAUUUGAUAUAUUCAAUUAUGGAAGAAAUUUGUGGAAUACGGAUUCAUUCUCACAAGAUUUUACGGACAACAUAAGAGCUUAUGUCGAAGAGUGCGAUUUAAUUCAAGGAUUUCAGGUACUUCUUGAUUCUACCGAUGGAUUCGCAGGUUUAGGUUCCUCCUGCAUUCAGCACCUGCGUGAUGAAUACGGAAAAAGUAUCCUAACAUUUCCAAGUUUCGAUGGAGCAAACUCACAACCUUCAGCCGCCGAUUUAGUUAAAACAAUCAAUACUGUUCUCUGCUGGCAAAGUAUCGGAGAACAUUCUUCCCUUUUCAGUCCUCUAGGUUGUAGAAAUGAAAUGUGGCCACGAUCGGGAAAUGAACGUGAAUUUAGCAAUGUAACUUACGACCCUCAAAUUAAAUAUCAGACUGCAGCGAUAUUAGCGACUGCAUUAGAUACAAUGAGUUUGAGAUAUCGGCAGAAAAAUUAUCCGAUGUCUGUCUUGUCAGAUCUUUGUGCGGAUCUGAACAAGGUUGGUAGGAAAGCUGCAGCGAUGAGCCUAAAUCUGCCAUUUCCAAUGACAGCAGAACGAGAUUUUAUCGAUAUUUUGGAUGAUUUGGAAGGACCUCUGUGGACGAGUUUGACUCCUUGUUGCGAUAUUUCUACGGAUAAGAAUUAUCAGUCUUUGUCAUUGAGAGGAAUUCCUGAGGAUAGAUUAAAAAGACCUAUGAAAAAGGCAGGGAAGCAAGUGGAAAAAGCUGCUUACAGAUGCUCCACUGUUCACGAGAUGAUGAGUUUGUUCUUGUCGUGUUCUUGUCACGCAUCCGCAACUCAUUUGACGAAUAUUACUGCGCCUCUAGGAAUAAAGCACCCGUAUCCAAAAAUAUUCAACCAAAAUGUUCACAAGAAUGGUGAUGUUGCUGAUUCUUCUGUUGGCGAAGAUGUUCAGAGCGUAGCAGUGAUGGCUGGUUUGCACAGCGGAGACAGUUUAGCAAAGAUGUACGAAUUUCUUUACAACCAAGCGAAGAAAGUUAAAAAUAUUAAAAGAUUCCACGCUUUCGACAAUUCCGGACUUGAACAAGAUGAGUUUAAAGAUUGUCUCGAUAAUUUACUGGAUUGCAAAGAAGCCUACGAAGAUCACUACGUCUGAAUCUUAAGUAAAAAGUUCUUUUUUUAUUUGAAAAUACUCCUUAUGUCUAAUCGCGCCAACGUUCUUUUUAAUUUAAUCGGUCAAAAGAGAAUUUCUCAACAAUUUUGUACUUAAGUGCCUGGAGUAAUUUGAUUUUUUUUUGUAUUUUUAACGUUGACGGAAGAAGUCAUACAUUUUUUACUAGUCUCAUCGAUAUUCCUUACGACGUAAUUUAUUCAUUACCAUUUUUGGGUUAUAAGUUCUGUUAAAGUCAGUUCACUUACAAAACAUAGGAAUUGUAUUAUUUUCAUAAAUGAACUAAAUAAUUUCAGAAAUGAUCAAAUAUUACAUUACGUAUAAAGUCAAUCUACUCUUUGUAAUUCCAUAAGAUUUAUAUGGAUGUUAUUAUUAAU